AUGAUAACGCUUAAAUUUAAUCGCUUUUUAUCAUUUAUGGCUUCGAAUGCGCAACUUGGAAAAUUCAUCUUGUCGGCCGCUAUUUUCGCGUUCUCGUACUACUUCUUCUGGGUGGCAGUUCUCCCCUUUAUGCUAAUCGAUGAAGCGAAUCCCAUCCGGUUGUUCUUCCCUCCGCUGAAGUACGCUUUCAUAGUGCCCACUGUAUUUGGGGUGAUUUUUCUCGGCGGCAUCGCCGCGUUCUCCUUCUACCACAUCUGGAGCCUGAAGGUGAAGCGCGAUUAA